CUAUUGAUAAACCCGCAGUGUUUACCGGGAGUCAAGGAGAACAAACAGACUCCCUUAUUUAAGCGCGUUAUGGAGAGGACACACUGAGCUGAGAGCGAAACGCGUCACAAUCCCUCCCGGCAGAGUUAUAGGCGUUCUAGGCGAUAUGAAGCUUGCGUUGGUAAUCCUAGUUGCUGGCUACUUCUGCGCUGUGUCCUGCCAACAAAGCUGUCUGCAGCGGAAAGAUCACAAAGCGUCCCCGAGCCCGGAGAGCGGUCUUCACGAAUGCCUCCAGUACUCUGAAUCUUCUUGUUGUUAUGCAAACCUCACCGAGAAGCUGGCCCAUUUCCCUGUCGUUGAGGGGGAUGAUUACUACUGGGACAAAUGUGGGAACCUCAGCAAAAGCUGUGAAGAUUAUAUGAAGAAGUUAGAAUGCUUCUACCAGUGUUCCCCACUAUCAUCUCACUGGGCUCACCCCAAUAAAUCCUAUGCAUUGCGGCAUGUUCCCAUCUGCCAGUCCUUCUGUGACAGCUGGUUUGAAGCCUGUCAGUCCGACCUGAUCUGUGCACGGAAUUGGUUUUUUGACUGGAUUAUUGAUGAAAAUGGAAACCACUGUAAAAACGAAUGCAUCCCAUUCAAUAAGAUGUACGCGAAUGGCACCGACCUAUGCCAGAGUGCAUGGGAUGAAUCUUUUGUAGUCUCCUCUUCGCCGUGCCGAUGCCUGGACAUGACUGCGACGGAUAAAAAUGUGAUCAAGUACAUUUUGGAUCAAGACAAAUCAGAGGAGAGCAGCGAAAAGGAGGCCUGCAAAGCCAGACUGCAGAAACCACAAGACAAGAAGGAGGGCGACGAUGCAGAGGAUGACUGAGUGUGUGGCAUGCAAUGGAAUGAAUCCACGGUGGAGAUGCAGUUGCCUACUUUGGUAAAGUCCUGUUGGGGUGAAUAAUAUGAACAGUUUACAUGAUAUUGGUGAAAAAUCCAGAAAAUAAUAUUAAACGUUUUACCCAAUGCCACCACAUGAAGCCAUGGAACAGUCAGAAGAUCCAUCUGUGAACAUCUGGCUCAGCAUGGACACAAACACGGUGGCUCACUAUCUUUACUGCUUUACCAAUAACAAUAUAAUAAAAUCAGCUGUUGAAAUAAACGUUCCCUUUAAUUUGUGUUCAUAGAAUGUCCACAAUCAGUGAAGAGACAUUUACCAGGAGGGUCUUUUUUUCUGAUGUUCAUCUCUGAUAUUAAAUGAUUUUUUAAUCUCA